AUGAACUGCCUCCUGCUCACCCUGGCCGUCGCCCUCGUCUGUGCCGUCGGGGCCAUCGACAGUCCCCAGGCCAUGCGGGAUGUGGAGGUCCCAAAGUUGGCAGGGACCUGGCACUCCAUGGCCAUGGGGGCCAGCGACUUCUCCCUCCUGGAGACCAAGGAGGCCCCCCUGAGGGUCUACAUCACCUCGCUGCAGCCCACCCCCGAGGGCAACCUGGAGAUCAGCCUGCGCAAAUGCUAACAGAAACGAUGCCCUUUCAGGGAAAACGACCGGUGUGUUGAGAAGAAAAUCGUCGCAGAGAAGACUGAGAACCCCAUCGAGUUCAAGAUGAACUACCUGGAUGAGAACAAGAUCGUCCUGUUCAACACCGACUAUAGCAAGUACCUGUUCAUCUGUCUGGAGAGCACCUCCCAGCAGAACCUGGCCUGCCAGUACCUGGCCAGGACCCCGGAGGCGGACGACAAGGUCAUGGAGGAAUUCAUCCACUUUCUCAAGACCCUGCCGGUGCACAUGCAGAUCUUCCUGGACGUGACCCAGGCAGACGAGCGGUGCCGUGUCUAAGAGAGCUCCCACCUGGUCCUGCCUCCUGGGUAAUAUACCAGCCCUGCCCACGGCCUGAGGCUGACCCUGGGACAGACCCCACUGUGUCCGUUCCCCAGGGCUGACCCUGAGCAAGUGACUCUGGAAUCCUGGGGUCUCUGAAAAAACCCAGCUGGCCACAUGCCCGAGUCUCUAGGCUUGGCCUCU